AUGUCUGCCUCACCCGAAGAUGCUGACAUUAUUGAAGAGGAGGAGAUGGACGACCUCUUCGGCGAUGGUGGUGAUGAUGAUGCCAUUUCAGACCAGGAGCGCGCGUUGAGCGACAACGAUCUGGCAUCAGAGAAGGGAGAGGAGCGCUACGGAUAUGACGAUGAGGACGUCAACCAACAGCCGGAGGUGAAAACAAAGGUGGUUCAGGGCGUUCAGGUGUUCCGGCAUAGAACGCCGAGGUCUGUCGACCUACAAUCCCUCCGAAUUCCCAAUUUCAUCAAGGUGAUACCCGAGCCAUACGACGAGGAUACAUACGAGCCGACUCCAUGGGAAAUUGAGAACGAGAGGUCCUCCAACCCGAAACCCGUCAUCCGUUUUCGCAAACACCCCGAGACCGGCGAGCUCCAGAGCAAUGCUGUCUUUAUCGAGUGGGACGAUGGAUCGAGCACCCUUGCCAUUGGCGACGACCAUUACGAUUUACAAGGAAAGGACAUGGCUCCAGCCAGUAACAAGCAAUAUAGCGAGAAUAAGGAUUCGCAUUAUUACGUCGCGGCUGCCCAUCUAGCUAGUAACUCUCUCCUUACCGUUGGCCACGUCACACGCCAAUACACUGUCCGUCCCAACGAGAAUCAGGAAGAUGAGGCUCUGACGCGAUUGAUGGAGAAGAUGGCCGCGGCGAGAAACACAAGGGCGACCGGCGCUGAAAUGAUCAUCACAACUACGCAAGAUCCGGAGCUGCAAAAGAAGCAAGCUGAGCUCGCAGAGAAGGAACGCACUCGUGCCCAACGACGACGCGAAAAUGCGACUGCGCGACAGUUGGAUGGAGCGCGCGGCGGAUACAGUCGGGGCGCCUUGUCAAUUGGCGAUCUUGAAGGCGGGCGGCGCGCUCCAGGGGCGCGCAAGAAGGGCGGUGCAAGUGGGCCACGACAGAAGAGGCGUCGCCCAGAAUAUGACUCGGAUGACGACUUACCACAAGGCGCUCGCCGCCAGGAUGAGUAUGACAUGGGAGAUGACUUCAUUGCUCCUUCGGAUGAAGAAGAGGAUAUGGAGGAAGAGGACGAUGAUGAAGAGCUUCUGGAUGACGAUGAGGAGGAUGAGCGCCCUCGUGCGAAGCGACAGAAGACUGCUGACGCUGAGGAUGCCGAUGCCGAUGCAGAGGCAGACCUGGACGACGAUGUGGAUGCGCCUGCAGCGUCACACGCAGAUCAUGGACGACGAGGUCGUCGUCACAUCAUCGACGAUGAUGAAGAGGAGUAG